AAUCCAUCACGUUUCAGUUGUUUCGAUAAUAAUAAUAAUUAAUUUCACGCUUAACUACUUAAAUUAUUUAUUUUCGAUCUACCGCGAGAGAGAGGUUACUCACCUCAAGUUCAAAUCGAACAAAUUCUAAACGUCUACAAAUACCCAACGCAAGUUUUUCAAAUAGGUUAAAAAAAAAUCUUAAAAAAUUCAAUGUAUUGGGAAAGUCUAAUUAUUUACGUAGAAAGCGAAGUGUAGUAUGCGCGGGCGAUGGUUUCGAGAAAGCGAAAUUGUCUGUCGGUGCACCGAAAUGUCUAUUGUUGUUGUUGUUGUUGUUUAUGUUGUCGUAUACCAUUGACGCGUGCGUAAGUAUACGUGCAGUGGCUAAUGGUGUACAGUAUUAGCGGGCACUGUACUUGAAAAGAAAGUACUGGUCGGGUGGGGGCUGCAAGUGGGUGACCCGUUGACCCGUUGCUGUUGUGACUGUCCGUGUGCAGUAUCGUUUAUCUACCACCGUCGUGUUCUUUACGACCCGCAACAGCGACGACCGACGUGCGUUCGACGUUCGGUGUGUUUUAUUUCUGUUAUUUAUUUAUUUUUUUAAAUAUUAUCUAACCUUUAGUAACAUUGACGACAAAACCUAGUCAUGUCUCAUCUAACGUGGUUGUGUGUGAUGCUCUCCACGUCAUUCGCAUUGACAGCUAAAGUUCCACCAUCCACUUCAGUGACGGACAUACUUUGGACUGGGCUAGAAAAUGUUUUUCAACAAAGAAGUGGAUUGACUGGCGAAACAAAACAAGUUCCAGAAAAACGUUGCGAGUGUCAAAGUCCAGAGAUGAAAUCAUGCGUGUGUUGUUUGAAAAUGAGCUUACCGCUUUUGGACUUGACUACGUCUCCAGGAUGCGUCAAGUUCAAGUACGUGCCGGAUAUUGAAUCGUUUGCUGUAAACGUGACUUAUGGCAAAGGAAAUAUCCAAAAUGGUGUCAUUAAAGGUGAUAAUCCAGAACCAGUGUGUAUGGAUGUAUUAGCUGGAUUUGGACAGUUAUGUGCUCGAUUUAUUGGCAAUUUAACUACACUUAAAAACUAUGAUGGAUGUUUGAAAUUAGAAGCAACAUUGUUAAAUGAGGUGCAAAACUCUAUUUCUAUGGGAUGUUACAAAUUAGACCAGCAGCGAUUAAUAUUUAACUCUACUAUAGAAGAGCCUGAGACGCUUUCAAACAGUACAAACGGAGAAUCUGGAUCUGAAGAGACCGAAGAAGAAGAAGGUGGAGAUUCUAGUGAAGAAGAAUUAAUGCAAGUAUUUGGCGAAACUGCUGUCCAAGGAGUUACAUGGUUGGCUAGUGUCAUGGGCGUAAAUUUUAACCAAUCUAUUAACUCAUUGGAAACUUCAAGUAGUACAGAAAAACAACCCACCACAUCACAACAGUCACAAAAUUCUUGAAUAAUUUGUUUAUGAUUAUUAUUUUCUACUCUUUAAAUAAGUACAAAAUUGUAAGUUUUAAAAUUUAAAAUUUUGUUGUAAUUUUUAAGUUGGACACUAUAAAGCCCUAGACCAAAAUUUAUAUAAUUAAAAACACGAUAAAGCUGUGUUACUGGUUUCCUAUUAUUAAUAUUAUAUAUAUUUAUUAUAAUGUAUACUUAUUUAAUAAUUAUUUAUUUAUGUAUAAACUUUUAUUAAAAUUUAAUAAAUUAUUUUUUCUUGAAAA